UUUCCGCUAGGCCACCAUGCCCUCCGGAAGAUAGUUUGUUGUAGUUGAGCAUUGGAAUGAGUGAAAGGUGUCUACAUCUUGUUUAUAAACACAUCGUGUGGGUCUCAGGUUAGAUAACAAAGCCGAUAAACAAGGCUGAACACGACAGACACUUAAAUACAACAUUAAAAUUGUGUAAAUAAUCCCGGUGUAGUUCAUAAGCGCUCUGGGGCCAGGCGAAGAGCGAGGAGGGAGGCUAUGGAGCCCUCACCGGUAAAGGGGAAACCGCAGGGUCGGUUGCUCGUUUCUACGACUUUAGACGCCAAAGAUGAGCUAGAGGAGCGCCUGGAGAGAUGCGUCGGAAUUGUGACGUCCCUGAUUAAUGGGCUGUCGGAACGCGAAGCCAACGAUGCCCUGACUGCCCACGUGUGUAAGGGGGCCCAGCAGCACGAGGAGGUCUGCUUGGGACUCUUCACGUUGCUGCUGACGGAGCCGGCGCAGGCACAGAGGUGUUACAGGGACUUAACGCUGGUCAACAGGGAUGGGAUGAAUGUGGUUCUCGUCAAGAUCAACCAAAUUCUCAUGGAGAAGUUCCUGAAGCUGCAGGACGUUUGCCGUAGUCAGUUGGUCUGGCUGGUGCGCGAGCUGGUGAAGAGCGGCGUCAUCGGUGCCGAUGGGGUCCUGAUGACCCUCAUGAAGCAGAUCGCUGGAGGAGACAUCUCCACCAAGAACCUGUGGCUGGCUGAGAACGUCCUGGACAUCUUGGUGGAGCAAAGGGAGUGGGUGACAAAGAGCGGGAUGCUGAUCGCCAUGUCUGUCUACACGUACCUGCGCCUCAUCGUGGACCACCAUGGCAGCCCGACCCUCCUGGCGCUCCGGCAAAAGGAGGUGGACUUCUGCAUCGGGCUCCUCAGGGAGAAGUUCAUGGACUGUUUCAUCAUUGGGAGGGAUCUGGUGCGUCUGCUUCAGAACGUUGCCCGGAUUCCUGAGAUGGAGCUCCUGUGGAGGGACCUUCUGCACAACCCACAGACUCUCAGUCCUCAGUUUACAGGCAUUCUGCAGCUCCUGUCCUCUCGCACGUCCCGCAAAUUCCUGGCGUGUCGACUAACCCCUGACAUGGAGACGAAGCUGCUCUUCAUGACUUCCCGGGUCCGAUUUGGGCAGCAGAAGCGGUACCAGGACUGGUUCCAGCGGCAGUACCUGUCGACGGCGGACAGCCAGUCGCUGCGCUGCGACCUGAUCCGUUACAUCUGCGGCGUGGUGCAUCCCUCCAACGAGGUGCUGAGCUCCGACAUCCUGCCCCGCUGGGCCAUCAUUGGCUGGCUGCUCACCACCUGCACGUCCAACGUCGCGGCCUCCAACGCCAAGCUGGCUCUCUUCUAUGAUUGGCUGUUUUUCAACCCGGAGAAGGACAGUAUCAUGAAUAUAGAGCCAGCCAUCCUGGUCAUGCACCACUCCAUGAAGCCUCACCCCGCCAUCACCGCCACUCUGCUGGACUUCAUGUGCAGGAUAAUCCCCAACUUCUAUCCAGCCCUGGAGGUCAACGUCCGCCAGGGCAUCUUCAACUCUCUCAACUUCAUCAUGGAGAAGAGAGUGCUGGCCCACUUGGCCCCCCUGUUUGACAACCCCAAGCUGGAUCGCGAGCUGAGGUCCAUGCUGAGAGAGCGGUUCCCCGAAUUCUGUAGCUCCCCCUCACCGCCAGUGGAAGGUCAGCAAGUGAAAAUGGAAGAGUCUGUUUCCUUGGAGAUGGAUAAUCAUGUUUUAGACAAGGAGGAUGGUUGCUACGACAACACAGAGGCCACCUUCAGCGAUGACGAGGAGGAGCUCAACAACAAAGGCAAAAAGCGUGAAUUUAGAUUCCACCCAAUCAAAGAAGCCAUUAUUGAUGAGCCCGCUGACAUCACGCCCUUUGUCGACCAAUUGGAUGAGACUCUGCGGGAGAAGGUGUUGCAGCUGCAGAAGGACAGUGACACAGAGACACACUGUGAGGUCAUGCAGGAGAUAGUAGACCUCAUCCUGGAGGAGGACUUUGAUUCUGAGCAAAUGUCAACUUUGGCAUCAUGCCUGGCUGAGCUCUUUAAAGGUCACUUUCGGGGGGACGUGCUGCCGGACGAGAUCACAGAGGAGUCCCUGGAGGAGUCCGUGUGCAAACCCGUGUGCCUGGUCUUCAGGAACCUCUGCCAGAUGCAGGAGGACAACAGCGGCUUCUCCGUGCUGCUGGACAUGCUCGCCGAGCUGUACCAGAAGCAGCCCAAGAUCGGCUACCACCUGCUCUACUACCUGAAGGCCAGCAAAGCGGCGAUGGGGAAGAUGAGCCUAUACGAGUCGUUCGCCCAGGCCACAGCGCUGGGUGACCUGCACACCUGCCUGAUGAUGGACAUGAAGGCGUGCCAGGAGGAUGAUGUCCGGCUGCUCUGCUACCUCACGCCCUCCAUCUACAGCGAGUUCCCGGACGAGACGCUCCGCAGCGGGGAGCUCCUCAACAUGAUUGUGGCCGUCAUCGACUCCACGCAGCUGCAGGAGCUGAUGUGUCACGUGAUGAUGGGGAAUCUGGUCAUGUUCCGGAAAGACUCCGUUCUCAACAUACUCAUUCAAUCUUUGGACUGGGAGACCUUCGAGCAGUACAGCACCUGGCAGCUGUUCCUGGCUCACAGCAUCCCCCUGGAGACCAUCAUUCCCAUCCUGCAGCACCUCAAGUACAAAGAACACCCAGAAGCCCUGUCCUGCCUGCUACUGCAGCUGCGCAGAGAGAAGCCCACCGAGGAGAUGGUGAAGAUGGUGCUGAGCCGGCCGUGCCACCACGAGGACCAGUUCACCACCAGCAUCCUCCGGCACUGGGCCACAAAGCAUGAUGAUGUUCUCGGCGAACACAUCAAGGCCCUGCUGAUCAAGAACAACAGCCUCCCACGCAAACGCCAGAGCCUGCGGAGCUCCAGCAGCAAGCUGGCUCAGCUGACCCUGGAACAGAUCCUGGAGCACAUGGACAACCUGCGGCUGAACCUCAGCAACACGAAGCACAACUUCUUCACCCAGACCCCCAUCCUGCAGGCUCUCCAGCAUGUUCAGGCCAGCUGUGAUGAGGCCCACAAGAUGAGAUUCAGUGACCUUUUCUCAUUGGCUGACGAGUUUGAGGACUCCUCCUCCAAGCCCCCGAAGUCCCGGCGUAAGGCCCCGGUGUCGUCGUCCCUGCGCUCGCGGAAAGGGGCAGCCCAGCCAGCCAGCAAUGAGGAGGAGAGCGUCUCCAGCAGCGCCUCGGAGGAGGAGGAUUCCAAGCCCAAAGCCCCCAAGCGGAAGAGGAAAGGCUCGUCUGCCGUGGGCUCAGACAGCGACUGAGAGACGCCCACCAGCCACGACUGCCAUUGUGACGUUACCGGAGGACAUGUCCGCGGCCCACUCUACUCCCCCGGCGAGGAGCUGCUGUCCCAGAGACAACCCUGCCGCAAGGGACGGGGCUUCCCGCUCCGGCUCUGCCGCCAUUGGCAGAGACCAGAGAUGUGCCCCUCCCCCAAACCCCUCCUCUUUCUGCUCAUUGGCCCUCACGAGACAGUGGGCACAGCAGGGGCUGGAGGGAAUGGGGGGCAAGUAAGGAUGCGGAAAACUCCUGUCACCAUGGUUCGGACAGACCUGACAAACAACGGACCGACAGACUCAGAUUCUGCCUUAUGGAAAUAGGAUUGCACAACAACUUAAAGACUUAAGCGGGCGAGGUGGACUUAUGUCGCUGUAACCCCCCCCCCCCUCCCCAAAAACACCCCAUACUCUAGUACUAACCUGUCACGAACAGCAGCGUGUGAUGCCUCUCGACUUCCUGGAAGACCUUCAGGGACUUCGCCAUAGCUACACGCUCCUCUCAAUUUACUUUUCACUGAGACGGUGCAUUCGAUGGAAAAAAGGUUGCGGAUGAAAAGCGGGGGGUGGGGAGGGUUAGGGUGACGAAUCCUGAAUUCAAGUGAUUUGCAAUGUUUUGUUUAAUAGCAUCAUGGCUAACGGCCAACGGACGGUUAAGCUGUGGAUGAGUUUUAACUGACCCUGUCAGCGGCCUGCCCUUCACUUACAGACUUGGAGGCAAGAACAGCCAGCCUGUUGACAGAUGUCUCUACUUUUCUGUAAUUGUAACUUAGAGACCUCAUGUCAACAAGGCCCUGCUUGUGUCUUUCACUGCAAGUAGGAGGUAUGGGUAGGUGGGGAUUAUGGACAUCUGAUACAAGUUUUUAAUUUCUUUUGUUCAGUUAAUUUUCCUAUACAAAAAGACCACAACAUUGCUAUUAAUAAAUAAAAAUGGGGAAAGAACACG